CCGCACACUAAAUCAUGGGCAAGAAAGACAAGAAUAAGGAACCGGCGGAUGCUGCAGCAGCUGGCGAUGCACCACCCGUUGAUGGCCCACCGGCGGGCGAGGGCGGAGAUGGUGAGAUUGUGGGCGGACCACGCAAUCCCCAACAAAUUGCGGCACAGAAGCGCUUGCAACAGACGCAGGCUCAAGUUGAUGAGGUUGUAGAUAUUAUGCGCACGAAUGUGGAAAAGGUGCUGGAGCGUGAUGCCAAGCUCUCGGAGCUAGAUGAUCGUGCCGAUGCCUUGCAGCAGGGCGCCUCGCAAUUCGAGCAGCAGGCUGGCAAGCUAAAACGAAAGUUCUGGUUGCAAAACUUGAAGAUGAUGAUCAUAAUGGGCGUUAUUGGACUGGUUAUCGUUGGCAUUAUAGCAAAUAAGCUGGGCCUCAUAGGCGGUGAGCAGCCGCCGCAGUAUCCACAGUAUCCGCAGUAUAUGCCACCACCACCACCGCAACAACAGCAGCCACCUGCCGGCGGACAAUCGGCGCUGGUUGAUGAUGGGACCGGAACAGGCGCUGCAGCUGACGCCGGGGCUGGAGCAGGUUCCCAUGCGGGCGUAUAAGUAAUUAUGGAUGGCAUUUACUUGUAAAGCCAAAUAAAACCUUUGAAUUUCUUCAAAUAUAUAAAAUGAAAUAAAAAUAAAAAGAAAAUUAACUUGAGAAUUGCAAACACUUUAAGGGAAUUAUGACUCAGUAUAAACAAAACAUAAUUAUAAUAUAAUAAAAACAAUCCUAAGAAGACGCUCCGGACAAAUUAAAAGUUGUUGCUAAUUUGUUUAUGGUUACAUUAUUUCAUGCAUAUACUUAACAAAAAUAAAAAUAUAUAUAGACAAAUAAAAAGCUAUAUA